AUGACAAACCAGUCUACACCUUCUGAAAUUGUGCUGGUGGGUUUCCCGAGUCUCCCGGUCAGGUUCUACCUUCCUGUAUCCCUCAUAAUGUUUUUGGUCUACAUCUCUUCCCUAUCUGCCAAUGGCACAGUGAUCCUGUUGAUCAUUCUAAAGGAAAGCCUACAUAAGCCGAUGUACAUGGCCAUCGCCAAUCUGGCAGCUUCCGAUCUUCUGUUUGAUACAAUCACGUUGCCUAAAAUUAUUGCUAAGUAUUGGUUUGAGGACGGGGCAAUGCCCUUCUCGGCCUGUCUCUUCCAAGUCUUCUGGGUCCAUUUUCUGGGGACUCUCGAUGCUUUCAUACUUAUGGUGAUGGCCAUGGACCGUUAUGUCGCCAUUUCUAGGCCUCUUCAUUACUCCACCAUAAUCUCCAACAAACAGAUGGUGGUAGCCUGUACUUUAUGUCUUUUUGUAUCAUCCAUUGCAGGUUUAAUAGGUGUUUUUGUGAUCCUUACUCUUGUAUUAAAUUGUGGCCGGACAAGAAUCAAUAGCUAUUUUUGUUCCAGCAGUAGUGUCUAUGGUUUGGCUUGUGGAGAUGUCACUUACUCCAGACUGGUGACUUUCUGUACCGCAACGGUAGUCCUACUCCUACCCUUAAGUUUCAUUGUGUUCUCCUACGUUGCUAUAAUAAGGAUCUUGAAUUCUUCGAUCAACUUGAGAAAUGGUGAAAAGGCAUUUUAUACCUGCACCACCCAUCUCUUAGUUAUUACUAUAUACUACAUUCCUAGACUUUUUGUCUAUAUAACAAAUCAAACUAAAUUAAUCCUUAAUGCCGAUGUCAAUGUUUUGAUCCUUUGCCUGUAUACGUUCUUACCUCACAUGGCCAACCCUAUAAUAUAUUGUCUACGGACCAAUGAAAUUAGGCAGAUAAUCAAACAAUGUUAUCAACACUUGUUUUACUUAAAGGGGGAAGAAGAGUUUCAGGCUUACCCUUACAAAGGCUGUAAAUCAGGAUUUUCUCACAUUUGUUAUAUUAAUUAG